AAAAAAUUAAAGAAAAAAAUAUUCAUUGCAAGAGUUUUUGUUGGUCAGACUGCAGUGACUACUGUCAAAGGGUUUGCUUGUGUUGCUGUCUCGAUGAAGCGAUGUGAUUAUGGAGGAAGAAACAACAACUGAAGAUGGAGAACCGUCGUUCUGCGCCGCUUGCCGCAAUGAAGUAGAGGAAGGAGAAUUCGUCCAUGCCUUAAAUCAAGACUGGCAUCUAGAAUGUUUUAGAUGUUCCGCCUGUGAUGCUGCACUGUCGAGCUGGUACUUUGAGAAAGACGGAUUGCUGUUUUGCAAAGAUGACUACUGUGCGAAAUACGGAGAGGCUUGCCAACAAUGUGGCCAGGUGAUCACUGGUCCUGUAAUGGUCGCCGGCGACCACAAGUUCCAUCCAGAAUGCUUCUGCUGUUCUUCGUGCAGUGGAUUUAUCGGGGAUGGCGAGGCGUAUGCCCUGGUGGAGCGGUCCAAACUGUACUGCGGCCAGUGCUACAAGCGGCAGAUGCGGCCUCUGCUUGGCCGCCAGGCCAGCUCCAGCGGCCAGGCGGGCAAACCGCAGCACUCGAUCAGACUCGUCGAAAUUCCUCCCGUGCCUGUAAGUCAAGCCGGCCCAAGGACAGUCAAGCUGAGCCUCGAAGGGGAUGGGGGUUUCCUCACUCCUCGUCCCAUCGGCUGCCGGGGUCUGCGGAUUUCUGAUCUGCUGUGUAAUUGGGGAUGCAAGAUGGGGAAGCUUGCAGCUUCUUGGCUCCAUUCCACAGUGACAGUCUGUUUUCAAGCAGCCAAAAGGAGGCUGGACAUGAGCUCAGAAUUGAUGUCACUUCACAUUGGGGAUCGAAUCCUUGAAGUGAAUGGGGAGCCUGUUGCCGAACAACCGCUCGAGCACGUCGAGAACCUUCUACGCUAUUCCAACACGGUUCUGCAGCUCACAAUCGAACACGAUCCUGACGCCUUAAAGCCACGCCACCUGAAGGGAGCUAACAAGGCGGACGUGUCACCUCCCUACACGACACCGGCAUCGCCGUCCAGCCCUAGCAAGGAUAAAGAGAGGCUUUUUAAGAGACGGGACGAGGGGUACAUCAGUGGGUCAAGAUCUAGACAACUGCGGAGAAACGCCCAACAGAACAAGGCUGGCUGCAACGCCUCCCCGGGGUGCAAAGAACGUUCGUCCUCCAUGUCCAGAUUACUAGACGGAAUUAGUCCUGGUCUAAAAGAUGAGGGCUGUGACUUGUCUAGGACGAGAUCAUUCCGCGUUGAGCCUCCUAGGAAUAGUCAGAGAGUCUUCCGAGCGUCCGAUCUGGUCAAAGGAGAACUCCUGGGCAAAGGAUUUUUCGGCCAGGUCUUCAAAGUCACCCACCGGGCAACUGCUGAGGUUAUGGUCCUAAAGGAGCUUUAUAGAGUAGAUGAAGAGGCGCAAAAAAAUUUCCUAAAAGAGGUCGCCGUUCUGCGUAGCUUGAAUCACCAUAACGUCCUCAGUUUCAUCGGCGUGUUAUACAAAGAGCGACGCUUGCACUUAGUCACAGAAUUCAUCCCCGGCGGCACCCUCAGAGAUCUGAUCCACGACCCUGAUGAGCCCCUGCCUUGGGAGCAGAGGGCUAAUUUUGCCAAGGAUAUUGCUUCUGGCAUGGCUUAUCUCCACUCCCGUAACAUAAUCCACCGAGAUCUGAAUUCGCACAACUGUCUCGUCAGAGAGGACCGGACAGUUGUGGUUGCCGAUUUCGGUCUAGCACGCAUCAUUUCUUCAUCGCCGGGCAUCGGCGGCCUCUCAGACAAGAGAAACGCCAGAAUCAGCAGUGGAAGGAGAAACCCUGGUGCUACCGGUAGCAGCAGAAGGGGGGAAAGGAAAAAGAGGUACACCGUGGUGGGCAACCCGUACUGGAUGGCCCCUGAAAUGAUGAAAGGCAACAAAUACGACGAGAAAGUUGACAUCUUCUCUUUCGGCAUAGUGCUGUGUGAAAUAAUUGGCCGGGUCCACGCUGACCCUGACUACCUGCCAAGGUCAUCGGAUUUUGGCCUGAGUCAAAAUAUUUUUCUCGAAAAAUUCUGCAAUUCUUGCCCAGAGCCGUUGUACCGCAUUGCCUUUCUUUGCUGUGAUCUCAACCCCGAUAAGAGGCCCCCAUUCGAGGUCGUGGAAGUUUGGUUGGAGGGUUUAGCCAUGCACCUAGCAGUUGGAAUGUCUCUUCCUUACGACUUGGAAUACGACAUCCUACACUAUUCAGGAAGAAGCACGAGCAGCUCCGAAUCCAACACGCCUGAAAUAUUAUCACCCUCGAGCAACCCACCUUCGUUACUCCAGCCGAUCAAGGAAAAUUCGCCGGCAAAGUGCAUUAUGAAGCAGGAAGAAGAAGAAGAAUCACCAAGCAUGACCAAGCUGGACGAGAGCCUUAUACAGGAGGCGAGCCAAAAAGUUAAACCAGUUGUUCCUCCCCGUCGCAAUAUAAUUUACACCAAGAACCAGACGGCAACCGCGACCAUUCCGGCGCCCUCGAUCCACCGCCGGAGAAACAAUUGCAUCACAGUGCUGACCGUCUCGAAUCCAAACGGAAAAUCGAACCCUACCUCUCCAAACUCAGUGAAGACGCUCAAAAGAUCAGAUUCACCUGUUGAGAGUACUGCACUUUGAAAUGUGCCUUUGCAACGGAUACUCCUUAGUUUGGCAUGUUCUUUUAGUCGCAGUCAGUUGAGCAGUGAAAUUAUCUUUUUAAAAUUAUACAUUUGGCGUUGACAAGGAUUGAUCAAUUAUUUAGAAUGAUGGCAUUUUUGUGAGUUUCCUCUCUAGAGAAAUGAAGAUUUUUAGAUUUGUGUUCAGUAGAUGAUUAUUAUUUUAGUCACAAUUUUAAACGUGUCGUAUACUCAUGAGAAAGAUGCAGACUUUGAAUUUUGGGUUGUAGCGCGUGCCUGUGAUGGAAAAUGGUGCGUCGUUUAGGGGGUUCACAGACUCGUUCAGUGCAAGCAUUCCAAAGUAAAAAGUCUUAACUGAUAAUUGUAAUAAAUGGUACUUAAUGAUGUUGCUGCAAUUUAUUGCCAUGAGGCACCCUCAGCUUGUCACGUAGCUGGUAUUUGAGACUUCGCCACUGUUAUUUUGCACAAAAUUUCACUUAAAAAGUGAUUGCUCUUUAGCAACGAAAUGCACUCUUUUAGGCUCACCUUGGAAAGCAACCAAUUGCAUCUGUUUUGUGCCUUUCACAGAUAAUUAUAAUAACAUCUAGUCCUGAGUUUAAAACUAGCACUCGAUGGAGCAACCCACUUGAAAUUAGUCUGGGAAUUCUUGAAAGUAUAUUAGCUGACGGAAAAAAAUCGAUGUUUGGAAAACAGCGUUUUGAAUUUUGUAGUAUUACAAAGACUUGAUAAGUAUUCUAUACACGAGACGAGAAUUUAAGGAGCGUAACCACAUUCCUAAUUUGAAGCGAAUGUCAUUAUAUUUUAUUGAUAUUAAUAUAUAACUGAUUGGCAAAAUGAGCAAUAUUUUCAAAUUUUUCUAAAUGCUAUUUAUAAGUGAUAUGAAGUAAUACGGAAAUGCUCAAAAACAUUUUUGUUAUUUUGUAUUGAAGAUUUUUACAAUGCCGAUUGGAUUGAUGACCCAAAUUUUUUAAGUCAAUUUGUAUGCUGUGCUGCCAAUUAUUUUAUUGUUAAUAUUAUAUAAAGUAGAUCGUACCCUCUAUGUAUUAACGCGAAAUACAGGGAAUCUCUGCUGCAGAAAUGCUAUCGAUAAAUUAUGUGUAUAAAGAGAAUGCUGAUCUCUACUUAACUAACAUGAGCAAUACACACGACUAAUUUUAUUUGAUCUGACUACUCACUCUGCGAAUCAAAACAUGAUGAGUAAUUGAAAAUGUGUGAUAUAGUAGUAUAUGUAAUUGUGAAUGUCUGUCUGUGUCAAGUGUAAUGAUAUUAAUAAUAGUAUAUUAAAAGAGCUAAUCAUGAAAAA